AUGACGAUAUCAACAUUUCGACAGAACCAUGGGUUUGCUUUACUACUAUGGAUGUCUGUGCUGUUAGACACGUUACUGGUUACUAAUAGCUACAGCUACAUUGAAUUUUAUGGAAAUGACGUCAUCCCGAGGAAUGUGAAUGGAUUCCAGAAGAAGACCUACAUCGAUCUGAUGACAGCCCUACCCUCGGGUACCAUCAGUCAGCUUCAUACCUAUGCUGCGGACGCCAAUCUUGGACCAACUGAUUUUGUAUAUUUUGGGAUCUGGGAGAAAAUCACAUCAGUGCAAUUUAGACUGCUAUAUAGCCAUCGCAUUACCUUAGCCAAUGGACAACAAAAUAUAUCGAUUGUUCCUGACUACUUUUACGUACCACAAGGAUCAUACAUAGGUCUGACAUUUGAACAAUCUCCUGGAGGUAUCCCGUUUGACUAUGCGAGUCCCUUUUCUGGAAUGAAGUUUGGGUUUUCGGCCAAUCAUGCCGUCACACCAGUUGUCAAUAGUGUUGUGGACCUGAUCUUUACCAGUUUCUUCAUCGUCCCUUCUUUUAAAGUCGAGAUGGACAUACGAAUUCCGGGGAGGACAGGUGCCACAGGUAUGACGGGCGAAAUCGGGUCCACAGGUCCCCAGGGAGUCCAAGGUGUUGUAGGACCAGUGGGAGCCACAGGACCCAUAGGACCAUUACCCACAGACGUAGAUGAGUGUGUCACUAACACAUUCUCCUGUCCGCCUAAUGCUGCCUGUCGUAACACUUUCGGAGGGUAUGUCUGUGACUGUGAUUUCGGCUACGAGAAACAGUUUGAUGGCAGCUGUAUAGAUUUCAAUGAGUGCCUGAUGAAGAAUGGAUUCUGUGAACACAAUUGUACCAAUACGGAUGGAGGGAUGGUGUGUUCCUGCUGGGAAGGCUAUCAGCUCUCGGACAACCUCCAUUCAUGUCUGGACAUUGAUGAAUGCCUGAACUCCUCCGCCUGCACUCAGGGAACUUGUUUCAACUCCCCUGGUUCUUACCAAUGUAAGGGACUGUCACUAGGAUUGAAGUCUCCACUUUUUGGCGUGGAUUAUACCAGAAAUGUCCGACUGGAGAACGCUACUCCUUACGACAAUAGAAAGCACAAUCUAAAUUCUGACGCGGUCAUUGUGAUGUGGCUUAUUCUCAUAUCUAUAGCUAUCGCCAUCUUAAUUUUGGUCAACAUCAAACAAUUUGUUAAGAAUAGACAUCUGCAAAGGUAUAAUAAGACUUUAUGCUGUAGAGCUGAAGAACAGCGCAUUCCAGAAGAUGGACUAAACAACAAUGUUGAAAGACAAGAUUUACCGGAAACAGUUGUCCAUAGUCCAGUGUCGUAUGGUAUUGGGUAUUCCUAUUGA